GUCAAACUGACAUACAAGGGGAUCAAUCGACUUGUCAACGAUCCCAAUCUCUGUGUUUUUUGUUCCCACGUGAAGUACGUAUUAUUGUGAAAUAGUUUGAAAUUAUCCAAGAAAACUAAACAAGCAGUAAAAUCAUGGCGGUCCGCGUUCAAUUCGAAAAUAAUAAUGAAGUGGGAGUGUUUAGUAAAUUAACAAAUUCGUAUUGUCUUGUUGCAAUUGGAGGUUCGGAGAAUUUCUACAGCGUGUUCGAAGCGGAAUUAGCGGACACGAUACCAGUGGUGCACGCGAGCGUCGGAGGAUGCCGAAUCAUCGGCAGGAUGACCGUGGCGAACAAAAACGGGCUGUUGGUGCCGUCUUCAACCACAGAUACAGAAUUGCAACACAUUAGAAACAGUCUGCCGGACAGCGUCAAAGUGCAGCGAGUGGAGGAGCGGCUCAGCGCGUUGGGGAACGUCAUCGCGUGUAAUGACUACGUCGCGCUCGUACACCCGGACUUGGACCGCGACACGGAGGAAAUACUCGCAGACACACUCAACGUAGAAGUGUUCAGACAGACCAUCGCCGGCAACGUACUUGUCGGCUCUUACGCCGCGUUGAGCAACCGCGGUGCGUUAGUGCAUCCUAAAACCACAAUACAGGACCAAGAUGAGCUUUCUUCACUGCUGCAAGUGCCACUGGUAGCAGGCACGGUGAACAGAGGCAGUGACGUGGUCGCCGCCGGGCUCGUGGUGAACGACUGGUGCGCGUUCUGUGGCCUCGACACCACCUCCACAGAGAUCACACUCAUUGAGACUGUAUUCAAACUGAAUGAUGCUAAGCCUACAGCAAUAUCUUCAACAAUGCGGGCAUCUCUUAUUGACAGCAUGUCAUAACAUAAGCCUUGUUUGUGAUACUAUGUUACAUUAAUUACAAAGCUAUGCACCACACACUUUAUAAAAAUAUUUUUGAUGUUAUUUUAUAAAAACAAAGUUUGACUCUGUUUCUGGCACUACAAAUAAUACCUUUAGAAUUAUUAAGCCCUAAACCAAUAAGAUUUUAACGGUGGCUCAUGAAAUGAGCUAGAAGAAUAAUUUCCAUUAAUAAAAACAUUGUUACUGCAUAUUUUGAAUAUACAAUCAUAAAAAUUUUAAUAAGUAUUUUGGAAAUUUGAACUCAAUUUUUUUUUAUAAGUUUCUUAAUUGUGGUGUAACAUGCAUUUGACACAAUGUUCCAUGACUACACUUGCACAUGGCUUUCAAGGUGAAAAUUUGAGGCAAAGGAAACAAAUCUGUAUAGAUUGCAUAACUGUAUCAAAUGAGUCAUCAUUUGUGUUAGUAAUAAAGUGUUUAAAUGUA